GCUAUGCGAUAUAGCAUGUCGCGCAGCUGCUUCCAUCAGCAUUCGAUACAAGAACAUUGCCAAACGCUGAAUACUGUAAGUUGCGAGAAGAAAUUACCAUACGGUCUGUAUGAGAUAAUAGCAAAUAAUAACAAAUGUGUUCAUCAUCAUCCGAGCUACGAGUUCCGUGCUCCCAGUGAAAACAGCAUGAGGAAGUUUACCGGUGAUGGACUAUUGGUUAAUUUAGAUUCUAACGAAUGCCUCCUAGAGGUCACUGGUGACGGCUGCACAAUAAUGCUGGCCCACAAUUACGGCAGCGUUCGCAUAGUGGGCGACGGUUGCAGUCUUAAGGUUGGACAAAAUACUGGAGACAUCACGUACAGAGGUGACGGCGGUCGUGUUGUUUUGGGAACCGAAUGCAGCCGUAACAAGAUCAAGUACGUUGGCUGCGGUGGAAAGAUUAGUUACAACAAAACAUUAACGUCUCGUGGUACUGCCACUGCUGCGACGUCGCCGGAACUGGAUAAUCUUUUGAACGAGAGAAAGGAAGCGAAAAGCGACAGCCCCGGUACACGUCAACGAAACAGGACUAUAACCGUAACCAAAAUUAUUACUAUGAAGAAUGACGGAAAAAUUGUCAAGAGAUGGUUCACUAAUUCAGGUUCUGUUAUACGAUCGUUAAAUGCAAAUGGAUAAUGGUGGAAUAUUGCCUAGUGAUAUAUUUCUAUAGUAACUCUAUAGGAUUUUAAUGGCAGAUAUUUUGACUAGGAUUUAUAGAGCCAUAACGAAACUUAUGCUGUGAAUGAAUACGUGAGUCAAGACUGAUAGCGAGAGCACAAAAGUCAUAUUAACGAAUGCUGGAAGUUUUACGUCAAAUAGUAAAUAUAUUAUAAUAAAUAUCAUAGUUUGUAAUAUUUAUUAAAAUGCGUCUUGCCAAAGUCUACGAGAUCAUUCCUUGCUCAACGAGAGGCUGAAAAUUUCGUACAAUUUUCAAGGAUAACUUAAUCGAAUAUUUAAACUGUACGAUCCUUGGUAAAUUUGUCACGUGUCGAAUUAACAACUUUUUAAAUAAGUGACAAAUAUUGAGGACACGGUGAAUAAUAAAAAGUCAAGGUAACCUAGAAACAAAAAAUGUCUACGUAGUUGAUUAAUUGAAAUAUUCUGAUCAGUCUAGUUACAUUGCCGCGAGAUUCCUUGUUUUCGAUUGAACAAGAAAAACAGGAUCUCCGGCUGUCGUGAUUUUACGAUAAUAAACUCCAACUAUGGAAUUCCCCUCUGGCUGACUAACUCUCAAGGAUUCAUAGAAUUUCUAUCGGGAAUUAGUCGACUUUUGCUAACGACAUCAUUGAUAACACACUGUACAUAUUAGUCAAGAAGACAUACUGCAUCUUCGCAAUGAUCCUAGUUCCUAUUCCUAGUGAAAUAAAAAUUAAUUAAACGAUUUCUCCGUGUAAAUUGCUUACGUGUACUAAGAAACGAAGCGGUUGUAUUACGAUUUAAAAUAAUAAUAAUAUAAAUUAAUUAUAGUAAUAUUUAUUUAUUUAUCUAUGGAUCCCCAUAGUAUCGUAUCCGAAUGAUGACUGAUUAAACGAUUCUUAUGAAA